GACAACUUUUUGCAGGCCUUGUUUUUGCCGAGCGUCCAGCAGCAGUUUCAGUUGGAGGAUGGCCCGGUAGAAGACGUAGAGUUUGAAGAGUCAGAUUCCGAUGGUCUUUUUCCAGAGUCUGAGUGCGAGAUUUUUCAGGAAUCAGAUGAUGAUCUGAACUUCUUCGCAUCAGAUGAUGAGCAGAGACUUCCUUUGGUGCCAGUUGCAUCAGGCAGCAGUGGGCCCAGUGGACGCCGGUAUGGCUCGGGGGUGGUCAUGUACCUCUGGCUGGUCUAUCACUCCUCUGCGGAAUGCUUGCCAACAGAUCCAGGCCAUCGGCUUCGUAAACCUGAAGGUUCUGCAGAAACACCAUUUCCAGAGAUUAAUAGUGACGGCAGUGAUGAGUUGGAUCGCAGGGUCAAUGCUUUCAUGACUUCAUUGAACACUUACAAGACCGACGUGGAUGUGCACCUGGUCGGACCAGGAACUUUCAAAGGCAUUCGUCAAGAACCGAUCUCUAUUUCGAGUAUUGCGCGCAUUGCAGUUCCACCUCGGAAGAGGAUGUUGCGGAUGGCAAUUGCUACAAAUUCACUCUGUUGCAUGCUUGACGGUAUGGAUCAGGCAAAGUUCAAGAUACCUCGUGUGAGAGGCCGUGACAACAUCUCCAACUCAAAACUCUUCAGUAGCCUGUUCAGGCCUCGUUUACACGUGGCUGGAACUUGGAUUCACGGGCGAAGACUCACACUUUGGGUUGCAGACGAAGAUCUCUGCAAGAAUUCCACAACACAGAUGGAGAUGCUAGCGCGCUGUUUGUCCGAUGUCAACAACGAGCAUGGAUUGCCUUUUGGCCUUUGCUGCCAACAAGAUAAUACAUAUAGGGAGGGAAAGAACCGGCACUUCCUGGCUUUCUGCAUCUUGCUGAUCGGGCUGAAGGCCUUCAGAUGGUGCGUUGCCAGCUUUCUUCGUGUUGGACACAGCAGCCACGAAGACUUGGAUCAGGUCUUUUCCAUCCAAGCAUCCCUGAUUGCAAGGAAUGAGUUCAACACCCCGGAAGAAUUGAUGCAGAUCAUGGAUUCCGCUUCCCGUCCUGACAGGCAGAGUGAGGCCAUGCGCAAAUCCCAGAAGACCAACUUCAAUGUUGACUGCGAAUGCAAGAAGCUUGAUGAGUGUGCUGAAUGGCAGCAGUGGGUGGCCAUGCUUGGCAUUCGUUUGAAGGGUCGAGUGGGGCAGUUGCGCUUCAGCUUGCGAAAAGACAUCGACCCGUCAAGCUAUGGACAUUGUGAAUGUGAAGAGUUGCGCGGACAGCCCCGUAGCGGGGAAGAUGUGAUCCUCAUUGCCAAAAAAUUCAUGGCUUCACCGGAGCCCUACAAGGUUGUGGUGCUCCUCAGUGCAGAGCAGUGUGCCACUUUGAGAAAGAGUAUCUGUCAACCCUCUGGGGUGGCCAGUCGGCGUCCAAUUUCUGACAAGGUGACAAGCAACAUCAAAGGGAAAGUCCCUGUUCUCCUGAGGAACCAGAUCUUGCACCCAGAUGCAGCGGCAUAUUUGCAGAAUUGGGCGGGUUCCACCCUUGAACACCUUCCGCGUCCGAGGGCAUAUUCUGUUUUGAACCACAGAUAUGAUCAAGAUCCUGAAGUUGGUGGGCAGACUGUUCCAUGGCAACCGAAGGUUCGUGAGAGGCACAUUGAUUUGACAUUGCUGGACGACGAAGAUCGCCAGUCUGGAAUUGCAGCCUAUGAAACCGAGCUUGGCAUUUCCAGGGACGAGGGAUUUGAGGGUGGGGCGGGAAACCAGAAACAAGAUGGUGAUGAUGAAGUGUUCGAGGCCUCUGAUGCAGAGGGAUCUGCAGAGCCAGGGUCUGCAGACCCUUCGCAGACUUUGCCACAUGACAGCGGAUCCCUCCAAGUCGAUGGUGUUGGGGCACAGGUCCACAACUGGGUGAAUUGGGCAUUUGCGGCCCGUGGCAGCACCCAGUUGGUGGAGAGCUUCAUAGGGACCAUGCGUGCUUGUGCCGCCAAAGGAGAUGUUGAAAUACCCAUUGGUAGUGUGUGCACUGGUUGGGGAGUCGCCGAGAUGGUGGUUUCAGAGUUAAAUGAAAAGUUGGUCGAACUGGGGGAUGGCCGCUUACCCCAGGCGCUCGCUUUUUUUUGA